GCUCGUAAACAUAUAAGUUAAAGAAAGUUCGGAGAGGAGAGAGGAAAAAGGAAGAUCAUGGGUGUGGUGGAAGAGUACUUGCCAGAAAUGGCCAUGGUUGGUGUUCAGCUCACUUACGCUGUAAUGACUCUCAUCUCCCGCGCCGCCCUCCUCCAAGGCACGAGCCCUCGAGUCUUSGUCGUCUAUCGUCAAGCCAUUGCCACCAUCGUCUUUGCACCCAUUGCUUACUUCUCUAGGCCUAGAUCCACGAGGAUCUCCUUGAACUUGAAGAGCUUUUCUCUCAUAUUUCUCGCUGCUCUAAUCGGGGCAACAAUAAAUCAGAACGCUUACUUUGAAGGAAUUUUGUUAGCAACCUCAUCGUUGGCGAUAGCGAUGAUGAAUCUAAUUCCGGCCAUUACAUUUGUGAUGGCUACCAUUUUCAGAAUGGAGAGUGUGAAGAUAAGAAGCUUGAGGAGCAUAGCGAAGAUGGGAGGGACAGUGAUCUGUGUUGGUGGGGCCAUUUGCAUGGCCCUUCUGAGGGGUCCAAAGCUUCUCAAUGGCACACGUGGUGAUCACGUGGUGAAAUCUGCCAUAAUAUUUAGUGUGAAAAGUGAAAGUGAUGACACUUGGUUAUUGGGUUGCUUGUCUCUGUUUGUGUGUUGCUGCUGCUGGUCAAUUUGGCUGAUUUUACAGGUACCAGCAUUAGCAAUCUAUCCCGACAACUUAUCUUUCUCAACAUGGGUGUGUUUCUUUUCCACGAUACAGUCAAUCAUCGUUGCUCUAUUGGUAGAGCGAAACAAUUUUGAAGUAUGGAAAAUACAUUCAAGUAUUGAAGUGACUUCUUAUCUCUUCUCGGGAAUAGUUGGGUCAGGUGCUGCCUUCUUUGUUCAAGCUUGGUGUGUUUCAAAAAGAGGCCCUGUCUUCUCUGCAACUUUCAACCCUCUUGCCACCAUUAUUGUUACUAUUUUGGCUGCUAUAUUUCUUCRUGAGSAGAUUUUUACCGGAAGUUUAUUGGGGGGCGUGGUUGUAAUUAUUGGAUUGUACAUUGUCCUUUGGGGAAAAGCAAAAGAUUAUGCGAAGGAAGAAACCUCAGAGAAGCUAAGUGUUGAAGAAGAAGAUAAAGAAGAUCAAGAGGAAGGUUGUGAGACAGCUGAGGCAGAGACAAGCCACUCUAAGAUUGAUUUGGAGGAACCAUUUUUGUUUAAAUAAUGUAUGUAUACAUCCUGUUGACAAGUGAUAACUAAGAAAAGCAAUUUUUUAUU